AUUUUCGCUCAGUCAAUUUCUGCACUCUUCGAAGCUAUGCCGAAUCCACCAGCGAAAGAGGAUACAUGGGCUUUUCAAAAGAUUGGAACCGCCUUCCCGCCAAACCCUGUUAAGGUUAUGGGAGAGCAGAAUAUGUAUGUAGCGUUAUGGUACAAGCACGGAAAACCAAUUCAUGGACGAUCAUGGAACAACGGAGGAGUCGUCGAGUGCUCCUUUCCUUACAAGAAAGCCGAACUACGAACAGCACAACAACUGGAAGGAAACAUCCAAGUACUACAAUACACUGGAGAUCACAACACGCAAGGUUUCUGGUAUGAAUGGAUCCAGUACAAAGACCGUUUUGAAAAGACUGAAGAUCGCCAACUACUUCGCUGUGGCGAUUCUUUCCCAAUCCUGUGGAAAGACCGUCCAGAGGGAGCACUGUUGGGUUACGUCGACAACAAGACCGAGAUCGCACUAUUUUCCUGCGAUGGCAAAGUCUAUGAGAAAAAGGGUGGCGAGCUUAGCAACAUGUACAUCAUCAUGAGAAACACCAAAGGGGGACCGCCACAUUGCGAAUGCUCUGUCUGCAAGGUUGCACCGCCACCGCCUGGACCACCACCACCAAAGGUAAUGAUCGACGAAUGGAUGGAUAUUCGUGCAGGAGAUCCUUGGCCGGACAGAACUUUGGUGAAAGCUCUGGACAAGACACUCGACACUAUCCCUGGAGAAAACCCGGAUCAGUAUGUGGCAUUAUGGUAUCAGCAAGGAGAACCCGUUAUGGGUCGCAUUUGGAACGAAGGCGGAAAAGUGGCAGCCAACUUCUGCUGGAAUAAGAACGAGUAUAAAGGCAACGUCGGUUCCAUCCAAGUACUGGUUCAUCUCUCCGAGCACGUUCGUGGUUUCGACUACAGCUGGAUUCCCUUCCCACAGGCUGCGUCGUUUGACAAAGACAAGGAGUGGAUUCCAGUGCAUGUCAACAACACCAAGGGAGAUAUCUCUGCUGGCGUAAUAACUAUCGAUGGCAAGCAGAUCCUGGGCAAAGUCGAUAUCAAGAACGAGAGGUCCGCAGCUGGGUUUGGUGGCAAAGAAAACAUGCUCGUCGGGCCCGCUUGCGCCAGUAACACAGUUGUACUAUGUCGCAAAGCAAAACCAGGAUACAAAUUUGAUUAGUCAAUAAACAAUU